CCAUCUCAGCCCCGCCCACCCACUGUCAGCCGCUUCCUCCUGAGCUUCACCAGUAGAAUCAGCACCUCCUGCACUCCGCUGCCGAGCCUCACGGGACCAGGACCAGAUUUUCUAAAGGAUAAUGUCUCAGAAGGGGAACCGAGGACCAGAAGGGUCCAGUGAGGUGUCCAUCAUCCGCAUCCCGCCGCACCACUACAUCCAUGUUCUGGACCAGAACACCAACAUCGCCCGCGUGGAGAUCGGACCGCUCACCUACAUCCGGCAGGACAAUGAGAGGGUUCUGUUCCAUCCGGUCCGGAUGAUCAUGGUUCCUCCGCGGCAUUACUGCGUCGUCGUCAACCCGGUGGCCCGCGAUGACGACCAGCAGGUCCUGUUCGACCAAUCGGGUCAGGCCAAGCUCCGCCACGCCGACCUGGAUAUCCGCCUGACCCGGGACCCGUUCCCCCUCUACCCGGGGGAGGAGGUCCAGCAGGUCGUGACCCCGCUCCAGAUCGUGUACCCCGACACGGCGCUGCGUCUUCAGGCUCUUCUGGACUUUGAGGGCGCCGGAGGAGAGAAGAGGAUCGCUGGAGACGAGUGGCUGUUUGAGGGACCGGGGACCUACAUCCCCAGGAAGGAGGUGGCCGUGUUGGAGACCAUCAAGGCUACGGUGAUCCGAGAGAACCAGGCCAUCAGACUGAGGGCUCGCAAGGUGGGGGUGGACCGUGGGGCCGUCCACCGGGUCACAGGUGAGGAGUGGCUGGUCAUCAAGGUGGGGGCCUACCUGCCCGGAGCCCACGAGGAAGUCCUCGACAUCGUGAACGCAUUCAUCCUGACGGACAAGAAAGCGCUCCACGUCCGCGCCCUCCGGCCCUUUAAGGACGACGGUGGGCGUGACCGGCGCACGGGGGAGGAGUGGCUCGUUACGCUGGCCGACCGGGAGGCCCACAUCCCGUCGGUGGCGGAGGAGGUGGUGGGCGUGGUGGACGUGACCACGCUGAGCAGCCGGCAGUACUGCGUGAUCCUGGACCCGGUGGGACCGGACGGGAAGCCCCAGCUGGGCCAGAAGAGGGUGGUGAAGGGCGAACGCUCAUUUUUCCUACAGCCAGGCGAGGACCUUGAAAGCGGCAUCCAGGACGUGUACGUGCUGUCGGAGGACGAGGGGCUGGUGCUGAGAGCUGUGGAGGCGUUCAAUGACACCGAGUGCGAGGAGGACGAGGAGGAGGACGAGGAUGAGGAAGAGGAGCAGGGGAGGGCGAAGCGCUCGCGGAGGAGCGGCGUCCACCGGCGGCCCGGGGACCGCUGGAUGCUGCGCGGCCCCCUGGAGUACGUCCCCCCCGCCGGCGUGGACGUGGUGCUGAGGAGGCAAGCCAUCCCAUUGGACGAGAACGAGGGCAUCUACGUCCGGGACAUCAAGUCGGGAAAGGUGCGCGCCGUGAUCGGCCACACCUACAUGCUGACUCAGGACGAGGAGCUGUGGCACAAGGAGCUGCCCCCCAACGUGGAGGCGCUGCUGGCCUCCAACCUGGACCCGCUGGCCAGCCGCUCGGACCGGACCAAAACCGGACAGGACCAGCCGAGGGACAAGACCAGGGUGGUCUCCUACCGGGUCCCCCACAACGCCGCCGUCCAGGUGUACGACUACAGGGAGAAGAAGGCCAGGUGGGUCUCCGAGGGUCCACGCCUCUCUGUGGCGAGGGACUGACGCUUGUUCUCGGUCCCUGACUUCUCCCGCGACUUUCUCGCCUCCCGGUGCUCGGUGGCCGUGCCGUGAGUGACUUUCCACGACUUCCACAAGAACUCUAACCGGAUCAUCUGCUCCGCCGUGUUCGGCUUCGAUGAGAAGCUGGCGGUGCGCCAGAGUCUCCGCUUCAACCAGAACCACCUGACCAUCAGCAGCGUGGACAUCCAAUCGGUGGAGCCGGUGGACCAGAGGACCCGGGACUCGCUGCAGAAGAGCGUCCAGCUGGCCAUCGAGAUCACCACCAACUCCCAGGAGGCGGCGGCACGGCACGAGGCAGAGCGCCUGGAGCAGCAGGCGCGGGGCAAGCUGGAGCGGCAGAGGAUCACGGACCAGGCCGAGUCCGAGAGGGCCAGGAGGGAGCUGCUGGAGCUGGAGGCUCUCAGCGCCGCGGUGGAGAGCACGGGAGCCGCCAAGGCCGAGGCUCAGUCCCGGGCCGAGGCGGCUCGCAUCCAGGGGGAGGCGGCGGUGAACGAGGCCAAGCUGAAGGCCGAGGCGCAGACCAUCGAGGCGGAGGCGGAGCUCCAGCGGCUGGUGAAGGCGCGCGAGCAGGAGCUGAGCUACAGGAAGCAGGUGGACCUCCUGGAGGUGGACAAGCAGCAGAGCCUGGCCCACAUCGAGAGCCAGCGCUUCAGCCACCUGGUGGAGAGUCUGGGGAGUGACACGAUCAUGGAGAUCGCCAGAGCCGGGCCGGAGCUGCAGGUGAAGAUGCUGCAGGCUCUGGGCUUGAAGUCGACCCUCAUCACAGACGGGUCGUCUCCCAUCAACCUCUUCACCACCGCCAACGGCCUGCUGGGGUCGCUGGCGGGUCAGGGCCAGUGAGGAGGAGUGAAGAAGAGGAGGAGGGUGGAGGGGGAAUAGAUUGUCCAAAAGUAAACCUCAGAUUGUUUCUGCCACCUUAACAUCUCUCAUACCACAUUCAGUUCAUUCAUUUCUGUUUAUGAUGUUGGCACCGUUACAACUGUUAGCAGUGUUGGCUCUGUUAGCACCAUUAGCUCUGUUAACACUAUUAGCACCGUUAGCACUAUUAGUAGCUAAGCACUGUUAGCCCCAGCCUUGUGGAUGAAGUGGAAUCGCCUUGAAGUAAAACGAUGUGCCUUUUUCCUUUAGAGGAACUGAAUAUCAUCCCAGAAUGAAUCUGUGGUCUUUGAUCAGCUGUUAGUUUUGUUCCUGGAUUUUAAAACUGGGAGAACUUUUGCACUUUGAGCUCUUUAAAUGAAGAGCGUGAGGUUUCCUUUUGGACAUGAACGCAUCGCGGAGUUGUCUUGUUGCCUCGGCUGAAGAAGAAGAAUCGCUGCUCCUCCAGCGCUUUAACGCUUUAACAGUCUCUCCGUCGUAUAACCUGAGAGGCUCAUGGCCACAUAAAGACGCUGAAAUGCUG